UACACCUAAUUUUUUUGUACGGCGUUCUUGUCUUUGUUAAAAAAAUAUAUGUAACUGGCUGAGGGUAACGAUUCACAUUAAUCUUUUGCCGAUUUAAGUUAAUUUGUCACAAGGAACCAUGACUGUUGGAAAGAACAAUAAAAUGCUGCAACACAUAAAUUACAGAGUUCGUAUUAUUUUACAAGAUUCUCGAAUAUUCAUUGGUACGUUUAAAGCUUUCGAUAAGCAUAUGAAUCUUAUACUCGGUGAUUGUGAAGAAUUUAGAAAAAUUAAACCAAAAAAUACCAAACAACCAGAAAGAGAAGAAAAAAGAGUCCUUGGAUUCGUCUUGCUGCGGGGAGAAAAUAUAGUAUCCUUAACAGUUGAAGGUCCUCCACCACCUGAAGAAGGUCUACCAAGAGUGCCAAUCCCUGGUGCAGCCUCGGGUACUGGAGCUGGUCGCGCUGCUGGUCGUGGUAUACCUACUAAUAUAUCUGGUGUUCCAACUGGUCUUCAAGGCCCAGUGAGAGGUAUAGGAGGACCCUCACAACAGAUCAUGACACCUGGUAUCAGAGGGCAAGUAUCUGCACCACCUCAAAUGCACCCUGGAACAGGAUCUAGAAUCUCUGUUCCUGGAGCACCGCCCCCAAUGUUGGGACCACCAAUGAUGGGUCUGCCGCCUGGUAUGUCACCGAUAUCUCGUCCAGGGCCACCAAUGGGUCCUUCUAAUAUGAGAUGUCCUCCACCUGGUCUAAUGAGAGGGAAUCCAUCUCGACCUUACUAAAUAUUAAAAUAUGUCAAAUUUUUUACAAAUAGUUCUUAAUAUAAAUUAAAAAAAAACUACGAAGUGAUA